UGUGUGUGUGUGUGUGUGUGUGUGUGUGUGUGUGUGUGUAUCAAGGUCGCACAUGCAUUCGUGAGCUCUACGCCCAUAUCCCGCCGCGCUCGACAUGGACAAUGAUAUCUCCGACGCGUCCGGUUCAAGCUUGAAAUCAAUAUCUUCUAACGGCGACAUAGGAUCUCCCCGUGAUGGGACAGAGACUCGAAUAGACGAUGGGUUGGGGGUUGUAUCGGAGCCCGACGUGGAAAUGACCCAUGACAGUACUACAGAAAAUGAUGGACCGGCGUUUCAAGACCAGGCACAGAUAGAGAACGCUGGGAAUAACGAGGGGGCAUCAGAAUCUCGAUCCUCGGAGAUGGAUUUCGAACAAGCCCCAGAAAAAAAUGCCACUGAUCAGUCAGAUGGUGACUCUGGAGCAGGAGCCGGUUUUCGCGAAUCCGCAGAUCAAGGCGCAGCUGCGGAUUACAGUCUUUUCAACAACCCACCCAACAUUUCCCGAAUACGACAGGUACUGUUCGAAUGCAAGGAUCCUAUAGAGAUCAGUCUUGAAGAGUUUGAGACAUACUGGCCGUUUAUUGAUAACGUCUGGGUCAAGCAGAGAUCUAACGCCAGCAAAGAAGGUCACUGCACGACGGACUAUUACAUGUGUCGUCUACGGCGUCCAACCCACCGGACAUCAGAAUCCCGCCCCUUGCCAGAGGGAAAGCGGCCUCGGAAGAAAAGAGUGCGCGAAGGUGGCAUCUGCAACUUUCAGAUAAAGGUGGUCAGAUUUGAAGGUGCAUAUUCUACAGUGACUAUUUCGAGGACGCCGGGUAGCAGCGAGGAGCACUCCCAUGACCUUGAUUAUAGCGAUAAAGUGAAGCGAAAUUCAGGGCUUAUGGAAUUUGCACGAAAGGAAGCCAUCAAAGGGUAUCUCCCUUCUUCUAUUUUUACAAAAUUCCAGGAGGAGCCAGAUAAGCUUCUCGAAGCGGGAGGGAAGUUUUUCACAGUCACAGAUGUUCGGAAUGUAUCCGCUAAAUGGCGAAUGCAAAACCCAGAAGUCAAAUUAGUGCCCCAUAAUGGCUACGAAUAUCAGAAAGGACAUGGCAUUGUGAGGGUCCGGGGGAGUAACAAUGACGGUGCCGCCGCCACAGGUAGCAAGCCAUCAGAAAUGACCCCGAAGGUUCCCCGUUCUCCGGAUACCUUGACAUUUCCCCGUUUUUCGUUGAAUUUCUUGAAGCCGUAUCUUCCAAAGCAUGAUAGCCGGCGUCUGUUCCCUCAUGUCACCCUCUCGUACGCAUCUUCUAUGGAUUCAAAGAUCUCACUUCAGCCUGGAAUGCAAACAGUUCUAUCAGGGCCUGAAGCAAAACUGAUGACCCAUUAUUUAAGGUCGCGCCAUGAUGCGAUCCUGAUUGGAGUUGGGACUGUUCUUGCUGAUAACCCGGGACUAAAUUGCAGGCUUGAGGGAGCAGGCGGGUUUGGCGGCCUUGGAAGAAUGUGGCAACCGCGGCCGAUCAUUAUUGAUCCAACAGGGAGGUGGCCUAUCCAUCCUGAAUGUAGGAUCCUGCGUACCGCAGUUGAAGGAAAAGGCAAGGCACCGUGGGUGGUCGUAUCCCCAGGGGCACAGCUCCAUCCUCAAAAGCUGAUGUUGCUCAAAGGUUAUGGUGGCGACUUUCUCCGGAUCGUGGAGUACAAUCACAAUUGGAGGCUACGCUGGGAGGCUAUUUUCCGUGCACUAGCAUCAGAGGGUAUCAAGAGCGUCAUGGUAGAAGGCGGUGGGACAGUCCUGAGCGAGCUAUUAAAUCCCGAGUACAUCCCAUUCAUUGACUCCAUUAUUGUGACCGUUGCUCCUACAUAUCUUGGCCGUGGCGGGGUGGGCAUCUGUCCUGAUUCAAAACGAGACGAUCAAGGCAAGCCGACUCCUGCACUUAAUCCGACCGGUGUUACAUGGACAGCCUUGGGACAGAAUGUUAUCAUGUGCGGAAGAAUCCGGCCUUUAUCAAGUACGUCUGAAAUUCCAAGCCCGGCGGGCACCGAUGCAGGCUCUAGGGAAGAUACUUAGGGACUACGAACAUAUUUCAAACCCUCUCCAGAGCGACAACGAAGAACGAAAGGCAUCAGGCACUGAAAGACUAUUGUGCAAUGUUUUGAAAUAUCGGAACGUUAUGUCUCAUUCUUAUCUCUUCGUACCUACUACUUUGCUGUGUUCGGCAACCGCUCCAAAAAGGAACCUUUUCGGGCAGUGAUACCAGUCACCUAUCCGGGGUCUGGUCGAGAUACGGCCAUCUGCUCCGCACGCUAUUCGGUCCUUAACCUGGGCCUUGGCUCUUUCCUUGAUGGAGCGCUCCCAGUGGUCUAUCCUAUAUGAUUUUGAAGGAAGCUAUCACGCCCUGCGGUUCUACAUAUACGAUACGGUGGUCCACCUGCCUUGCGGCAGUCUUGCAUAGACACGCUGUACUUUCGUCUUCUAUCGGACACCCAAACGGGACCUAUUUUUCGUGUCUUUUUUUUUUCAGUAUCCUUAUUGCAAUACCAUCUAUAUACUAUAUACUGUACAUAGUAUUUCUAUAUUGGCAUGGCAUUGUUACUCCUAAUGGCCUAGUAUUGGGGCCUUCCUGUUGACCUGUGCAGCGGAUAGGGAUUAAAUGGCACAUCAAUGCCUUUGCGUGCAAGACACACUUGUACAAUUUCCAAGACGCCGUCCACUUCUCAGAGUGGAAUAAUUCCUACGUCAAAUUCUCUGCAUGUGUAACUUGAUUUGAGGGUGAAACAAGGCAUUACCUUUGUUUGGUAUUAACUGGCUCGCCUCUUUGUUGGGUGCCAACGAAGUUUAUUGAGGGGAUAAUAAUACACCCUUCUGAGAACUGGCUUCCCUCCCAAAAAUGGUGAAUCGGCACAGAAAGAAAGACAAUACUGCAGGAAGUGAAGUACCUACAUUGCUGUACGCAGACGGAGGUCCUCGAGUUGUCCGGAAUGGGACAUUCCGAGAAUGGAUUAGUGCGCAGAACGAGGACAGUAUUUUUGUAAACAAUCAACAACAUUAACCAAGCUACAUAAUUC